UCUUCCCCUUCUGCCUUGCGAGACUUGCGAUACAUUGCAGUUGAUUCGAAACGUAUCUUGAUACAGACUCUGCUACAAUUCAAGCAUAAUGUCCUACAACGACGACUCCUACGGACGCCAAGGAGGAGGCUCCGGUGGAGGCCGUGGACGAGAUGAAUACAGCGAAGGACGCCAGGGUGGAUAUGGCGGCGGGCGAGAGCAACAUGACUCCGAGCGUCGUGGAGAAGACUAUCGCCAGGGCCAGGGCCAAGGGGGUCAGAGUGGAGGGUAUGGUGGUGGACGAGGGGAGCAGGGGUCUGAGCGCCGCCAUGGUGGAAAUGAAUAUGGAGAGUCUCGUCCCAGUGGAGGAGGCGGUUAUGGAGGUGGAGGCCAGGGUGGAGACAAUUACUAUGAUCAAUCAAAGAGGUACGACGAUGAGCCCCGCCGCCAGGAAGGUCGUCAUGAGGGAGGAGGAGGACAGUAUUCUUCCGGCACUCCGUACGGCGGCGGUGGAGGUUAUGGAGGAUCUUCGGACGACUACUCUGGUGCUGCUCAACAUGCCAAUUCCCAUGCCGGCGACUCAGGCGAUUCCUCGCUCUUCAGUUCUGCGCUGGGUUUGUUGGCUGGCAAGAAGUCGAAGCUCCAGGAAGAAGAUGUCGAUGAGGAUGAUGCGGUUCAGCAGCAUAAGAAACUUUAUGGACAAGGCGGGGGCCAUGAGCAGGCUUCAUCCGGGAAUAUGGGGGCGGCUGCUGCAAUGCAGGCGUUGAAGAUGUUCUCUGGGGGAAAGAGUGAGGGUAAGGGAGGCCAGAAUGAAUUCAUUGGGUUGGCUAUGGGUCAGGCGGCACAAUUGUUCGAUCAGCAAAGUGCCCAGGGAAAGACGCACCCUGACGCCACGAAGCAAGAUGCUGUUGCACAGGCUGCACAGAUGGCUCUUAAAUUUUACAUGAAAUCGGAGAUGGGGGGAAGUGGUGGUGGUGGGUCGAGUGGUGGAGGUCUAAUGAGCUUGGCUAGCAAGUUCUUGAAGUAG